CUAAUUAUACGUAAUUCACUGUGCUCUAUCUGAUUUCGAAAGAGUUAGGUCGAUCGGACAUUAUCUCAAUCCACUAAACGCAGAUCACCCCCCGAAUGUCCGCGGUUAAUUAUUCUUGAGUUUGUUGGUGACCAAAGGUAUACUUAGAGGCCGUGAACAAAAAAGAUUUUUCUACUGAAAAUACAUUAAGUGAUACUCUUUCCAAUGGUAUAUUUCUUUAACCGAUUUUUCUUGUAGAAAGCUCUCAUCUAAUCACAUCUAUGUAUGUAAAAUUUUAUCAUCUGAAAAUAUUAAAUUUGAAAAUAAAAACAUUUGAAAUGGAAGAAGGUCAAAAUUAUAUUAUUGAUGUUAAUAAAAAUUUAACAAAAUUAGAUAAACAUCCAAAUAUAAUAAUUAUUGAUUGUGACACUGGUGUCGAUCAAAUAAAUAGUCAAUGGAAUAUUUAUUUACAUCAAUUUUUACAAUUAAAACAUCAAUUGGAACAUUGGGCUCAGAAAGUGAACCUGACAUACGAUGUUGAUUUUAUUACGGUUCCCUUUGCAUUGACAAGUGGAUUCAAAGAAGAUCAACCGAUUGUUUGUAAAAAUAUUGAACAAUGGAGAAAAACAAUUGUUGAAACAGUAAUGAAAUAG